AUGUUUCGUUUAUGGCAAAGAUUCAUCAAUGUCCAGCUAGCAGCAAAUAUACUACAAAAGCAUAGAUUAGACAUAAGGCCUGAUAGGAUGAAGGCACAUUUGCAAGUAAUACCUCAUUGUGGCUCUUCGCUAUGUCAACUAACACAGUUUCGAGAAAUACACUGCUCACCUCCAUAUUUGAAAAAGAAACGGAAAGCAAAAAUCAAAGGAUUUGAUGAUGAAGGCAGUGAUGGUAAGAAUGGCGAUCCAGCUAAAGCUUACAGUUGUGAUUUUAUCAUACAGCAUGGAGUGAAGGAAAUGAAAAGCUUAGAGGAUACCUUCAUGCAGGAACUUACUAGAAAUCUUUCAUUAAAGGUUGAUUUGCGAACAUAUGAAGAUUUUGUGGUGAAAACAGAGGAUGGAAAGCAAUACAAGUUAAACACGCUUGGGAGAAUCAAGUUGUUGAAUCCGCUGUUGAUUUCCGUUGAUUUUACGGAUAAUCCAUCAGUAAUAAAGUCAGUCCGUCACGCCAUUGAGCAGUCAAAACUUAAUGUGACACCACGUCAAGAAGGUGCUGUACUGUAUAUAUCACUACCGCGGAUAACACGUGAACGACGUGAAAAUAUGGCGAACGUUGCAUCCAAGAAGUUGUUCAAUGAAUAUAAAAAAGCUUUAAAUGAAGUUUAUUCAAAAUAUGAUCGGGAGCUAGAGGAUCAUGAGGAAUUUCAGAAAAUUAUGCAAGGUCUGUUGAAGGAAAAGAAAGCUUUGGAGAAGAAAGCAAUAGUGAUAAUUGAAGAAAGGCGUGAGAAAUUGCUUACUGAAGUUAUUUGA